AUGGUCUUAGCCUUUGCUGCCAUUUCCUGGAGCGCUUUGGCCAUCGCUAUGCCGAUGGUCGCAGACUUCGGAUUUGGGCAUACGUGGCUACUUUUGAUCCUGCUUGGGGUGGCGGCAUCGCCCCUGAUGCCCACGACGAUGCAACUAUUGUCGGCAUAUGUUCCUGCAUCAGAACGAGGAUGCUCGCUGGCUGCCAGAGCGCUUUCGAUGCGAUUUGGUCAAAUCGUAGCAUCUGUCUUGGCGCCAUUGAUUUGCUCUCAGGCCGGAUGGCGGGCCAGUUUCGCCAUUUUCGGGACUGUGAGCUUGUUGCUUGCAUUCCUUUGGCUGGGAUUUGCCAUGACCAAGUCUCGAGAAGCUGGCAUGGAGAUCGCCCGAAAGAUGUGGGAGGAUGCCUUGGACAAUACUGGCGAGGUUGUAGUGGCAACAGGCGGCACCGCAAAAGCAGACUCGUUGUUGCCAUUGUGGGCGUUGAAGCACCCGGGUUUCCUAGCCUUGUUGGCUGUGCAUUGUAGCAACAACUUUGCCAUGUACACCAUUAUGUCCUGGGGUCCCUCGUAUUUCACCGAAGUUUUGGAGCUGCCUUUGGAAAGUGUGGGGCUCUAUCUCAUGCUGCCCGCAGCCUUUUCUGGUAUUGGAGCCAUCACAGGAGGUGUUUGCACCGAUUGGCUUCAAAGCCGUCGCUGCCCGAUUCUGUUCCCUGCAGCUGCUGGCGCAGGGCUCUCCUUGGUAUGCUUUGGGAACUUGCACAGCGUCCCAGCAGCGAGCCUUGCAAUGAUUGCAGCAGCAAUGUGGGGAGGCACAGCUUUGAAGUUUAGCUUCAGCUUCAAAUUUUCAGAGGAAUUGUUGCUCCGUGUGCCUAUGCCAAAGGAGGGCAACGGGGCAACGGGAGGAAUCCUUUGUAAGGCCACCUUGCCCGGUGCAGCUGGGCCAGCUUUGGUGGCGCUGCUGUUGGAGAGCACCGGACUUUGGUCGUUGGUGUGGGGCAUCAUCGCUGCAUGUUUGAUAGCCCCUGGGCGGUAUGAGGUGCUGGGAAGGACUGCUGUAGGGUGA